AGAUAGAAAAUGGCAGGGUAGGAAAUAAGUAGAAACAGAGUGAAAGCAGAGAAGAAAGAAAGACAAGCCCACUGCUUGCUCCUGCUGUUGUUGAUGCUGUGCAUUUCUUCUUCCUCACAUCACACUUUCUCCUCUCCUCCCCUUUUCCCUUCAGAUCAUCUCUUCUUCUUUUUUCAUACACAAUGGUUCUAAUUCUAUGCCUUAUGUGAAUGAAGUUGUUCAUCCAUCAUAUACACUGAUGAGAUUUCAGAGAGUAAGUCCAGAUUGUCCUCCUCUAAGCAAGUCCAAUUCGAAACCAACUGCAACAAUGUGCAAGGAAGAUGAUAGCAGCAAUGGCAAUAUUAACAAUGGGAGAUCCAUCUUAAAAGAUAGCCUUAAUUGCCCGAACACUAGUACAGGUUUUGAAGGAACUAAAGGACUCAGAUUCAGAUCCCCAUCUAGAACCCAAGACCACAGCAACAGCUUGUCGCAUUCUGGUUCUGGUGGUGUUCCAAAUUCUCCUCCACAAACACAGGUUGAUAGCCACCACCAUGAGACUCUAAAGAACCCGCAGCCGAGCCAGAGGGGGGACGGGAGCCCCAGUCCUAGCCCCAACCGUGGCAACGUUUUACUGCAGUGGGGUCAAAAGAAAAGGGCAAGAGUCUCAAGAUCUGAGAUCCGGGUAGUGACUGAUGAUUCUUCAUCAUCAUCCAUUCUGGGGAGGCAAGUGAUGGGCAACAAGGCGCAGAGAAGAACCAUACAUGCUGCCAUGCCGCCUCCACCACCUGCACCUCCUAACAGCCGAAGUUCAAGUCUUAGAAAUGGUUCUAUUUCCAGCAAGGAAACCUCUGGAUUCAUUGGAAACAGGAAUUUAGAAGACCGAUCAGCUGCUGCAAAUGGGUCACCAUCAAGAAACAGUGGUGGCAAUAGCCGAUCUGUUUCUAGAUCUACAGCUGGAAAACGAUCUCCUCCUCCAGAGACCACUGAUAGAAAGAAAUCUUGUUCUGGCUCAGUUAAAGAUGAGAAACAAAGUGGAUCAGUUGGUGUAGCUGAUCGCUUGAAUCAUGUUGCUUCUGCCCCAGUUCAAUCAGGACAGGAAAUUGGAGCCAUGAAAGCUGCUUUAGUAGGUGGGGAGAAGGUGAACGAAGUGAUUGAGUGGCCUAGGAUUUACAUUUCACUGUCAAGGAAGGAGAAGGAAGACGAUUUCUUAGCAAUGAAAGGAACCAAGUUGCCACAGAGACCCAAGAAAAGAGCCAAGCACAUUGAUAAAACUCUGCAGUAUUGUUUUCCAGGGAUGUGGCUGUCAGAUUUGACAAAGAGCAGAUACGAGGUUAGGGAGAAGAAAUCCGUGAAGAAGCAACGGCGACGAGGGUUGAAAGGAAUGGAGAGCCUGGACAGUGAUUCUGACUAAAUUUUAAGAAGGGAAGAAAGGAGGGGAUGGCCGAAUGUUUAGUAGGUCAAAUCCUGAUGCUCGAAGCAGCAAGUUUUGAGCAGUAACAAACGGCGCAGCCUGUCUUUGUUCCCUUUUUUUUGGCAUCCACAGGAUUGAGAAUAGGAGGCUUAGCAUUAACUUGUACUGCCAAAAUGGUAACUCACUAGUGCUCCUAUUUGGUAAUGAUGAUUUUUAGGAAGCUAUAAUUCUUUGGUUCACCUUGCUCAUUCCCUGUACAAAGCUGCUCUGCAGUUUUUCCUCAUUAGUGGAAAGAUGUUAUUUGCCUCCUUUUCAGUUGC